AUGAUGAAGCACUUUUCUGUUAAGAUUCCAUUUUUCCUUCUCUUCCUCCUCUAUUCUUCUUGUCGGUCCCUAAACACAAUAUCCACAAACCAGCCCCUCAAAGAUGGCGACGUAUUGCUCUCUAAGGGAGCAAUAUUUGCCCUCGGUUUCUUCAGCCCCAAUAAUAACUCCAAGAACCGCUACCUCGGAAUAUGGUACAACAAUGUUCCGAAACAAACUGUUGUUUGGGUAGCUAACAGAGGCAAUCCUUUGAAUGAUACUUCUGGAGUUUUCUCUAUCAACAUCCAUGGAAACCUGGUUCUUAACCAUACCAAUCGAAACCUCAACCCCAUUUGGUCUACCCAUGUUUCGGUCUCAUCAUCGCCCCUUGAUAGCUUUGCUAAACUUUUAGAUACUGGCAAUUUGGUUCUAAGAGAUAGAGGAGGAAGGCAAAAGGUUCUAUGGCAGAGUUUUGAUUAUCCCUGUGACACUUUGCUUCCGUUUGCGAAACUUGGUUUGGACCGAAAAGCCGGUUUGGACCGGAUCUUGACGUCUUGGAAAUCCCCUGAUAAUCCAUCACUUGGAAGUGUAACCAUGAGGAUAGACCCGACAGGAUAUCCUCAAGCUUUCAUGUAUAAAAACGGAGUUCCAUUCUGGCGGGUCGGGUCAUGGGCAGGUCAAAGAUGGAGCGGUAUUGUCGUGAUGAAACCCGACCCCGUCUUGUAUGUGGUCUUUAUUAACAACGCCAAUGAAGUUACUGUAAUGAAUGGCGUCAAAAUGCUCGAGGACCCUUCUAUCUUCAUAAGAAUUAUGCUCGAGGAAACGGGUCGGAUAACAAGAACCAUUUGGCUAGCUCAAGAAAAUAGAUGGCUUGAAGUCUGGUAUGAUCCCACAGAAGAAUGCGAUAGAUUUAGAAAAUGUGGAUCAAAUAGUAUUUGUGAUCCUUAUAAUAGUAAAAAGUUUCAAUGUUUGUGUCUGCCUGGAUUCGACAAGAACCUAAGAAAUGGAUCAGCAAGCGGGUGUGUGAGGAAGAAAAAUGUGUCCACGUGUCGAAGUGGGGAAGGGUUUGUGAAGGUGGCAAGUUUGAAGGUGCCAGAGACGUCGAAGGCACUUGUGGAUAACAAUGUGAACAUGAGCUUGAAUGGUUGCAAAGAGAAAUGCUUGAAGGAUUGUUCAUGUAAAGCAUACACAAGUGUGAAUGAAAUCACGCAGAGAGGUUGUUUGACAUGGCACAAUGACAUGGAAGAUAUUAGAAAAUUUAAUGGCGGGGGACAAGACUUAUACGUGCGUGUGGAUGCAGUUGAGUUAGCCAAAUAUGAAAGGAAGCCCUACGGUUCUCUUGGCAAGAAGGGGUUGGUGACAAUCAUAGUUCUCUCUACUUUGUUGUUUAUACUUGUGACGACCUCUUUCUUGUACUGGUUUGCAAAGAAACGGAGGCAUGCGGCGAAAGGAACACAUACCAACUAUGUGCUUGAUAGAGAACGCAAUUCAAAUUUAUUAUUAUUCAAUCUAAGUGACAUAAUUGAAGCAACAAACAAUUUCUCUGUCGCUAACAUGAUUGGAAAAGGCGGUUUUGGAUUUGUUUACAAGGGCAUACUCCGUGAUGGAAUGGAGAUAGCAGUAAAGAAGUUGUCAAAGUAUUCUGAUCAAAGCAUUGAAGAAUUCAAAAAUGAGGUUGCUAUAAUGACAAAGCUCCAACAUAAGAAUCUUGUAAGGAUCUUAGGUUGCUGCAUACAAGGAGAAGAUAACAUGUUGAUCUAUGAAUAUUUACCAAACAAAAGCUUGGACUCUUUCAUUUUUGAUCAAGCAAAAAAAUUACAACUAGAUUGGAGGAUGCGAUUUGAUAUCAUUUGUGGGAUUGCAAGAGGGAUCUUGUACCUUCAUCAAGAUUCAAGAUUAAAAAUAAUUCAUAGAGACUUAAAGGCUAGCAAUAUCUUGUUAGACCAUGCAUUGAACCCGAAAAUUACUGAUUUUGGUAUGGCUCGAAUAUUUGGUGAAGAUCAAAUUGAAGCAAGCACAAAUCGCGUUGUGGGAACUUAUGGUUAUAUGUCUCCUGAAUAUGCAAUGGAAGGAUUAUUUUCAAUAAAGUCUGAUGUAUACGGCUUUGGAGUUCUACUUCUUGAAAUUAUUGCCAGCAGAAAGAAUGGCGGCCAUUAUGAUGAUAUUACUUCUACUUUGGUUAAACAUAUUUGGGACUUAUGGAGAGAGAAUAGAGCCAUGGAGAUCAUAGAUCCAUCCUUAAAAUAUGAGACAUGCCUUGAAUAUGAUGAUGAAGUUCUAAAAUGCAUCCAGAUUGGAUUGUUAUGCGUGCAAGAGUAUGCGUCAGAUAGGCCAACUAUGCUAGAAGUCGUUUCGAUGUUGGAGAAUGACUCCACUCUUCCUCCUCCCAAACAACCAGCAUUCGUUUUCAAGGAAACUACUCGUGAUCAUUCAAAUCAAUCAAUUGGCGAAGAAGCAAAUAAUUCUUUAUGUGGAAUGAGUACUUCUGUGAUUGAAGCUCGCUGA